AUGAAGGCCUCAGAUAUUAACAAAUCAGGAAUGUUUAGAAUAAGAGCGUUCAACGCUGAACAUAAAUGUUCACUGAAAGAUAGGGUGUAUUCACAACGACAAGUAACAAGCAAUUUAGUUGGAGGAAUUGUUAAGACUAAAUUGGUAGAUCAUAAAAGGAAAUACACACCUGCUGACAUAAAAAAAGAUAUGAAGCUGGAUCUUGGUGUUGAUAUAACUUACAUGUUGGCUUGGAGAGCUAAAGAAAGGGCUUUGAUUUCUUUGAGGGGCAUGCCAGGAGGAUCCUACAACAAACUACCUGAGUAUUUGUAUAUAUUGGGUAUUACAUAUCCAGGAUCCCAUAUACGCUUGCAGAAAACAAAUGAAGAUAGAUUUUUGUACCUAUUUGUUGCAUUGGAUCCUUUCAUCAAAGGAUUUGACCAUUGCCGACCUGUAGUCGUAGUUGAUGGGAGUCACCUCCGAGGACCUUAUAAUGGAACUUUUGUAGCAGCAAGCACAACUGACGGUGCAAGUAUAUAA